CGGCGUUUGUGGCGGGCUAGGUCACGUGGUGCGCUAGGGGAGGGGCGCGAGGUCCCAGCUGCUCACAACCUUGGCGCGCGCAGCCCGGCGACUUGCAGUGCAAUGGCUCUCAUCGCCGCGUCGCGCCUCCUCUUGCUCAACCCCGCCAAGCAUGCAGGGGCUCUGGUUGUCGCAUGCAGACACUCCUCGUCAUCUACAACGAACUUGAAAGAUGUCCUCUCGGAGAUCAUUCCCAAGGAGCAGGCACGAGUACGUGACUUCAGGCAGGAGAAUGGAAAUGCAGUCAUCGGCCAGGUCACUGUAGACAUGGCUUACGGGGGCAUGAGGGGCAUCAAAGGCCUGGUCACAGAAACAUCGGUGCUUGACCCGGACGAGGGAAUUCGCUUUCGGGGCUACAGCAUCCCCGAGUGCCAGAAGCUGUUGCCCAAGGCACCCGGUGGAGCGGAGCCCCUGCCCGAGGGCCUCUUCUGGCUGCUGAUAACGGGAAAGGUCCCCACGCAGGAGCAGGUGAGCUGGGUGUCUGCCGAGUGGGCCAAGCGUGCCGCCCUGCCGUCCCACGUGGUCACCAUGAUCGACAACUUCCCCACGAACCUGCACCCCAUGUCGCAGCUCAGCGCCUCGGUCACGGCACUCAACAGCGAGAGCAAGUUCGUGGCGGCGUACGGCGAAGGUGUCAACAAGGCCAAGUACUGGGAGUACACGUACGAGGACUCGAUGGACCUGAUCGCCAAGCUGCCUACGAUCGCCGCCAAGAUCUACCGCAACCUGUACCGCGAGGGCAGCAGCAUCGGCGCCAUCGACCCCGCGCUCGACUGGUCCAAGAACUUCACCAAUAUGCUGGGAUACAGCGACGUGCAGUUCACCGAGCUCAUGCGACUCUACCUCACCAUUCACAGUGACCACGAGGGAGGCAACGUGAGUGCCCACACCUGCCACCUGGUGGGCAGCGCGCUCUCCGACCCCUACCUCUCCUUCGCUGCCGCCAUGAACGGCCUGGCCGGGCCCCUGCACGGCCUCGCCAACCAGGAGGUGCUCGUGUGGCUGACGCAGCUUCAGAAGGAACUGGGCGCAGAUGUUCCGAUCGAGAAGCUCCGCGAUUUCAUCUGGAACACGCUCAAGAGCGGCCGGGUGGUGCCGGGCUACGGGCACGCGGUGCUGCGCAAGACGGACCCGCGGUACAUGUGCCAGCGCGAGUUCGCCCAGAAGCACCUGCCCAACGACUCGAUGUUCCGCCUGGUGUCGCACCUGUACGAGAUCGUGCCCAACAUCCUCCUGGAGCAGGGCAAGGCCAAGAACCCGUGGCCCAACGUGGACGCGCACAGCGGCGUGCUGCUGCAGCACUAUGGCAUGACGGAGAUGAACUACUACACGGUGCUGUUUGGCGUUUCACGCGCGCUGGGCGUGCUCGCCUCCCUCGUGUGGGACCGGGCCCUCGGCCUCCCCCUCGAGAGGCCCAAGUCUAUGAGCACGGACGGCCUCAUGAAGCUCGUCGGCAAGAAAUCCGGCUGAGCGCACGCACGCAGUGCAGCGCUAACAUCGCGCCGCGCCCAGGGCUUGAUUUCAGCCGUGUCCGUCCUGGUUGGCUCCAGAAAAUAUUUAAGAUAUCGACGACCCGGAAAAUAUUUCCGCGCCCCACGGCACACCACAUCCAGUAUAACCUUCUCGCUGCUAUAGCUGGCUAAUAGUCACGUGCCUCCCACUCCAGUCUCGACAGCGAUCCAGAAACUAUUCGGUGAGAAAUCAAGCCCUGUUGCGUUGCGUCGUGUUGCACAUAGGCCUGGCCCCAGCAGAAUACCCGCACAAACCCCCCCCACCCCAUAUCAACCACCAUUGCAGUCAUCGCAGCCCCAACGUGUGCUUUACAAACCUGGUCAUCCUGCCAACCGCGCACCUGUUCCACGAACAAUAGAGAGCAUCAGGGAUAUGUCUGCACUGUAAGACGAAGGGUGAGAUAAUAACUUUUUAAACCAAGCAUAUGUAAUUAUUAGGUAUACAAGUUACAGUAUAUAUUGAGCGGAAUUUACUAGAAUGGCUCUAGUCUUCUCUUGGUCCCGUUCAGCCCGAUCUCUGACACCUCUGGUGUAAGCUGUAUCCACAAGCUGGCUGCUGUGAUUUUUUUUUUCCUCUAAGAAAUGAAUCGGUGAAUCUGGUGUCCUCUCCAAGCUUUCCCACACUCACACGGAGCCCGAUCAUCAGGUUUGUGAAUGUGUCAUCAUCUCUCUCACUGACUACGUGGUGGGCCCCCUCUCUCUUGUCUGGCUAUACAGUAUUUAUAUGCUUAUUUUUAAAAUACAUUUCUUGACCCCACUGCUCAGAGAUGCAGUCACCUUGUUCGAGGAAAUAUUUUACGGCUAAAUCCUGUAAACUUUAUUUUGAUCGUGUUUUGUCGUUUUUCUUCUUGGCUGCAAAGGGACUUUGGCCAAUGGCUUGUGCACAUCGGCCUCGACACCUAGGGGAUCUGCGUGCCCCCCUCCCCCCUGUGAAAGAACGUGCGCUCCGAAUCUUACAAUAAACACCAGUUUUUUCCCCGUUUA